CCCCCCCCCCCCCCCCCCCCCCCCCCCCCCCCCCCCCCCCCCCCCCCCCCCCCCCCCCCCCGUAAAAAUAAUGACAUUGUCUCAUUGUAGAUAAUAAUUUAACUGAAACAAAAAAAUGUCACCCAUUUAUCUUACAGUAUCAAUAGAUGAAAAUAUUAUAAAAUAUAUAUAAUUUGAUAUUUUAGAUAUAGAAUAAUGUCACUAGAAACAUAUUGUACAUGUUACGUUGGAUCAUCACUCGGUGUUGAAUAUCAGUUUCCAUCAAUAAAACAUUUUAGUAACAUUCAUUCAUGUGUACAAGAUAUAUUACACAUGAAAGAUGUUAAUAUUCAAUUAUUUAUACCGGCUGAUAUGACUAUAAUAGAAAUUGUAAAAGAACUUCUUACACAAGUACAUAUUUCCAUUGUUAUGGUAUAUAUUUUAAAUAGAAAAAAUGAAUUUUUAUGGCAACAAUUUGAUGAUAUUUCUCAUCAAUUAUCAAAAUUUCAUAAACCUUUUGCAUAUCAAACAUUAAAAGCAUUUCUAAUCACUCUUACUGGUACAAAUAUAAAUACACAAUCAGAUAAUCAUCCAUUGGAUAAACAUGCCCUAUUAAGAUGUCUCACAGAAUUACAUCAAGAUGUUAGAAAAAAACGAGAACAACUUCUGAUGAACAAGAGUUCACAGUCAUUUGAAAAUAUUACAAAUACUACUGACAACGUACUCAUAGCCACUCAGUUAUCGUCCUUCUAUGAAACAGAUUCCUGUCAAUCUCCACCUCCACAAUUGGGUAAAUGUCAUAGUGAAGAAGAAGAAGAAGAAAAAAACGUUUAG